AUGGGAAGUUCAUGCAUUUCAAAUUAAAAAGAUACUUUAUUUGAUGAUAUUUACACCACUUAGACUACAUCUAAAGAGAUAGGAAUCUAAAAUAUAAACUAAACCAUUGUAGGAAAUUUUCAAUAAGUGAAAUUUUUAAAGGAAUCCUUAGAAGAAGGAAUCUAAAUUUCUAAUAUUCAUAGCAUAAUAAUCUCUCCAAGAUGUGAAUAGGAAGGAGCAAAAAUUGUUGGUGAACUAGUGAAAUUAGGAAAUCAAAUAACUAUCAUUUCAAAACGAAUACCAGAAAAUCAGAAUGAAAGUGUAAAAUCACUUUCAAAGAAGGGAAUUUUAAAAAAUAAAUAAGAAACUAAUCUAACAACUAAAUCAGUAGAUGGCUGUUUGUUCUUUCCAUCUUCUCGAGGAAAUAGCGGUAAAAAUAUUAGAUUCAAAGGGUGA